AUGACGCGGGUGGCGAUAAUCGGCGCCGGCACAGCAGGACUCAGCUGUUGCCGGAAACUACUUGAACUUCUUGAUGAGCCCGACAGCAGUGAGAUCGACAAAAUCGUCAUCUACGAAGCGCGCGAUCGUUUCGGCGGACGCAUCCACUCCGCGUCCCUAGACCCCUCCGCGACAGCCGUCGACCUGGGCCCGAACUGGCUGCACGGGGACUCGUCCGCCAACUCCGCGCAGCGGUUCUACCACGCGCCAGAGGUGACGCUGCACGACGUCGGCGACAGAAAUGUCAUUAUCGCGCCGGACGGGCGCGUGCUGGGCCCGCGCGAGCAGGUCGAGGUGGAAGGGUAUAUGUGGGAGUACGUGGAUCGGGCGAUCGCGUACUCUGCCGCGCACUGCGCAGAGAUUCCGGCUAGUGCGUCGCUGGUUGACUUUGUGAAGCAGGAGUUGGAGCGCGAGGAGGGAGAGAGCGAGGAUAAAGAGCGGAUGGAGAAGAAGAGGGAGAGGGUGCUGAGCGCGAUUGAGAUGUUUGGGUUCUACAUUGGCGAAGCAGCGGCGCGGCAGAGUCUAAAGUAUGCGUGUCUGGAGGAGAUGGCGCCGGGGGAUACGAUGUAUGUCGCGAGCGGGUACGGAGGGAUCUUGCGAGCGAUGGCCGAGCCGGUUUUAGCUGCGGCAGCAGCUGCUAACAAAAAAGUCGAGGUGAGGUUAUGCGCGCCGGUGGUGGCGGUGGAGAGCGAGAUCGAGAAGCAAAAGUCGAAAGUGGUGACGAGAGACGGGGGCCAAGAAUGGUUUGAGAAGGUGGUGGUCGCGGUGCCGCUUGGGGUGUUGAAGGCCGAGGGGAUCAGGUUUGCGCCUGAGCUGCCGGCGGAGGUGCGACGGGCGGUGAGGGACGUGGGGUAUGGGAGAUUAGAGAAGGUCUACAUGAAGUUCUCGAGGGCGUUCUGGGGCACGAACGACCAAUUUGAAUUUCUCUCGCCGCGAUACGCGCAGGAUACUAACGAUCAGCACUGGCCGAUGACUGCGAUCUCGCUUGCGCAGCUGCCAGGCCGGCACGGACAGGCCGCGUUGCUGUGGUACACGUACGGGGAGAUUUCCGAGCGGGUUGUGAGGGAAUUAGAGUCGAGUAAGAGUGACGACGAGGCGAUAGCAGCGGCGACGGCGUUCUUUGCGCCGUACUACAGCCGCAUACCUGGGUUUGAUGCGGCGGUGGAUGAGCGGCCGGAGAAGGUGGUGUGGACGCGGUGGAGCGAGGAUGAGUAUGCGGGCUACGGGAGCUACACGAACGCGAUGGUCGGGCUGGAGGAGGGGAGGGAGAAGUUGGGCGUGCUGAGGACGGGGAUGGGAGGGCGAGGGGUGUACUUUGCGGGCGAGCACUGCGCGGACGAGCUGCAGAUUGGGACGGUCGGCGGAGCGGUGAUGGCGGGCGAGCAGGCGGCGGAGAGGUGUUUGUCAGGGCGAGGAGGGGAUUAG